AUGAACUGCGCCUUCCAUCUGAGGCUACGCCCCGUGCGUGCGAUGACAUUUAGACGCGCCGAUAUCUCCCCUACUGUGGUUCUCGUUUUCGCGAUCGACGCGAUUAAAGUAUGCGGGCUUGUGAGCGUGAUUGCUCAGCGGAGAAAGCACGUGCCUGAAGUCAUUGUUGAUAGGUCGAACUAUGGUCGUAAUGGUCGAGUUCUAAAGAGC